CAAGGGUUUACGUGAUUAUUUUUCAAGUAAAGUUUGAUUUUAAUAUUUUGAAUUCGAGCACCACAUCAUGCUUUUCUCUCUCUCCUUUUCUUCGUUGUUCCUCUGGUUUUGGGGGAUCUCCAUACCCAGGAGCUUCUCCUUCGUCAACAAAAAGGUUUGGCUUUACAAAUUUGGGCUAAAUUUUGGGUAAUUGUGUGGAAGAUCGUUGCGUUACGGUUUUUUUUUAGCAUAAUUCGUCAUUACAUUGGAAGCAAAAACCCGGGGAAUGCUGAAAGAUGUGCCUUUGCGCGCCGGACUCUGCCUCACAACUCCAUGAGGGUGUGUCUAUAAUCGAACUGCCCUUCUUGAUUCUUGCUGGUGAGGGACCUGUAAAUCAAAGCUGGUUUGCUCUCGGAUUCCUGAAGCAAGUUGGGCCUUCUUUUGUGCACACAGCGCCAGUUGUGUUAAUGCAUGACCAUUGUGAAGGCGGUUGACGGUUGAGCUUCUUGUGGUAUUAUAAACUCCUGCACUGUAUAUUGUGGAUCAUAUAGAUCAUAACCGCAGGAGGAAGUUGUGUACUAUUUAUUGUUUAUUAGGUUUUGAUUGGGAUGGAGAAUAAAUCGCACGUACUGAUGCAAAGAUAUGAGUUAGGGAGAUUGUUGGGUCAAGGGACUUUUGCCAGGGUUCACUAUGCAAGGAGCUUGAUAACGAAUCAGGGUGUGGCCAUUAAGGUUAUUGACAAAGAAAAGAUUAUGAAGGUUGGGUUGAUGGAUCAGAUCAAGCGAGAAAUAUCUGUUAUGAGACUGGUUAGACACCCUAAUAUUAUACACCUCUAUGAAGUCAUGGCAACCAAAACUAAGAUAUACUUUGUCAUUGAAUAUGCUAAAGGCGGUGAGCUAUUUAACAAGGUUGCUAAAGGAAAGCUGAAGGAGGACGUUGCAAGGAAAUAUUUUUUGCAGCUAAUCGAUGCUCUUGAUUUCUGUCAUAGUAGGGGUGUUUAUCAUCGGGAUAUAAAACCAGAGAACUUGUUGCUCGAUGAGAAUGAUAAUUUGAAGAUCUCUGAUUUUGGGUUAAGUGCCCUCGCUGAAAGCAUACGCCAAGAUGGGCUACUCCACACCACCUGUGGUACUCCUGCCUACGUUGCUCCAGAAGUUAUUAACAGGAGAGGCUACGAUGGUGUGAAAGCUGAUAUUUGGUCUUGUGGAGUUGUCUUGUAUGUCUUAUUGGCAGGCUAUCUACCAUUUCAUGAUUCAAAUUUGAUGGAGAUGUACCGGAAGAUUGGGAAAGCAGAAUUUAAAUGCCCAAAUUUUUUCUCACCGGAAGCACGUAGGCUACUGUACAGGAUGUUGGAUCCAAAUCCCAAUUCUAGGAUUUCCAUAGCCAAAGUUAGGGAGAGUUCUUGGUACAGAAAGGGACCAUACUCCAAAAAUAUGAAAUCUGAAAUAGGAAACAAGGCUGUGGCUCGGACGAGUGCAGAAGCUUCUGGUUCCAGUGAGAAUAGUAUGGCUUCUGAGGAAAAGCAAGAACCAGGGAGACCUCCAAACAUGAAUGCUUUUGAUAUUAUCUCCCUUUCUGCCGGGUUUGAUCUGUCUGGCUUGUUUGAAAAAGAUCCUUUUCACAGAGAAGCAAGAUUCACUUCCAGACAACCUGCUACGGUCAUCAUCUCCAAGUUAGAAGAAAUGGCUAAGCAACUGGAGCUGAAAGUGAAGAAGAAGGAUGAUGGAUUGUUGAAAAUUGAUGGAUUAAAGGAAGGUAGAAAGGGGAUUUUGUCCAUAGAUGCAGAGAUAUUUGAAAUCACUCCAACUUUUCAUCUAGUCGAGGUGAAGAAAUCAAGUGGGGAUACAUUGGAAUUCCAGAAGAUGUUGGACGACAUAAGACCUGCUCUUAGAGACAUAGUCUGGGUUUGGCAAGGCGAGGAAGAGCAACAACAGCAAGAAAUCCCGCUGCAGCAACAAGAAGAACAGCAUCCUCCACGAUAGUAACAAGUUGCCGGCAUUCCCAUGGUAUCUUAUUUUUGUUUGUACAUUUUACAGUCUGCUAAGUUUUCAACUUUAUAUUUCUGUCCUUGCAAUUGUCGUGACCGUCUUAAUAAACUUGUUCUUCUUCGUAUAUGUACAUGACCACAAUGAUUAUGAUUGUAUGAAACUCCGAUUGUUGUUUGCG